AAUAGAUAUAUAAUUACUUAUUAUUAGUAACUAAAUAAACAUUUUUUUUGUUGUUGAAUACAUUUUAAACUAUUAUAUAUAAUAACAAAAAUGUCAUCAAAAUUACGUAUCGGUAUCAUAGGUGCCGGUUGUGCCGGUGCUACCGCUUGUAAAGCCUGUCUAGAAGAGGGCUACGAUGUGGUUGUCUACGAAAAAACUGGUCAUACGGGUGGUCUGUGGCGAUAUCACGAGGACGAUGUCGACGGUGUGGCCUCAGUGGCCAAAAGUACUAUUAUUAAUACUAGCAAAGAAAUGCAGUCCUAUUCAGACUAUCCACCGCCGGCCGACUUUCCCAACUAUAUGCACAACACAAAAAUGGUUAAAUACUUUGACGGAUAUAAUCAGACAUUUGGUUUCAAUCGAUACGUCCGAUUCAGACACGAUGUACUGAAAGUGGAGCCCAAUGACGACUACGAGAGCACCGGGCGCUGGAAGAUAACGGCCCGCGACAACAACAAGAACAAUGACGGUAACGGUGACGGCCAGGAGUCGACCGAAGUAUUUGACGGUGUAAUGGUAUGUACUGGUCAUCACGUCCGGCCAUUGGUACCGACAUUCCGAGAUCAACACCUAUUCAAAGGUCGUAUAUCGCAUACACAUUCAUACAAGACAUCGGAGGGCUAUACAGACAAACGGGUAGUUGUUGUGGGAAUUGGCAAUUCGGGCGGCGAUGCGGCCGUAGAGGUGGCCACUGUAGCCGCUCAGACAUAUCUGUCGACACGUAGAGGAACGUGGGUUGUCUACCGGGUUGGCCCAAACGGUAAACCAGUGGACACUGUAGUCAGUCGUCGUAUCAAUAAUUUUCUACUAAAUCUAUUGCCAUAUAAUAUGAAAUGUAAUUUAAUGGAAAAUAAACUCAAUAAAGUGGUCGACCAUAAUGACUAUCAAUUGAAACCCAAACAUCGGGUACUGGCCCAACAUAUUAUGAUCAACGAUACCCUACCUAAUCGUAUACUGUCGGGCACUGUCAUUGUUAAGGGCGAUAUCGAACGGUUCACUGAAACGGGUAUCAUAUUUGAAGGCGAUACCGAGGAAACACCGUGCGAUGCGGUAGUAUUGGCCACUGGAUAUCAUGUAUCGUUUCCGUUCAUAUCACAGGAGCUCAUACCUACUGAUGGCAAUCGUAUAGAGCUCUAUAAGUAUGCAUUUGCACCGAAACUCUCGCAUCCGAAAACACUGGCCUUUAUCGGACUCAUACAACCAAUCGGUGCCAUAAUGCCGAUCGCCGAACUACAGUGUCGAUGGUUUGCCCUAUUGAUGGCCAACAAAGUACGGCUACCGUCACGCCAGUCGAUGUUGGCCAAUAUUGACCAACGACUCAGGGAUAUGCGGCACCGGUAUUACGAUAGUAGUCGACAUACGAUACAAGUGGAUUGGCUGGACUUUAUGGACGAUUUGGCCGAACAGGUCGGCUGUAAGCCUAAACUGUGGACAUAUCUGUUUACUGAUCCGACACUGUGGCGGGCACUGGUAUUCGGUCCCUGUGCUCCCUAUCAGUAUCGGCUGAAUGGACCUCAUUCAUGGCCCGGUGCCCGACAGGCCCUACUGACCAUCGAUGAACGUAUUGAAGCACCGCUACAAACCAGAUACGGAAAGGUAGCUAAAAAACAGAUAGCUUCAGGUCUAGGACUAAGCACCGGGAUGUUUGCCAUUAGUUUUAUUGUUGGGAUUUUAUUAUUUUUAUUUUACAGUCAAAUUGUUUAAUCAAAAAAAAAGUUUUUUAAUAAAUAAAUUUCUUUUCCU